AUGGGAAGAAUUUUUCUCUCCCUUUCCAACGUUCCUCGUCCGGGUUGUGUUGUCUCGGUAGCUAAUAUCGCUCCAUCUUGCCACAGCUUUGGUGAUCCAAACGCUCAGCCACCGACUCCCAAGCAAACUCCCACAUCCAACUUUGCGAGUCCUGUCUUUGAAACUCCCAGACAGCACCAGGGCAGUUUCGACGGCUCAACCGGCGGCUGGACCCCUCGUUUUGCCGAGGAAUAUUCCGUCUUCAACGCCACACCGGGGAACCUCAGAGGCGGCUCGGGCCCGUUUGUGGACUUUUCAACCUAUACCUCUUACCAACAGUCCUCGACCUCCAAAAGACAACUGUCCACCGGAGACAUCGCCUCUGAGAUUGCGGCACAUGUUAAUCACUUCUCUCCGAAUCCCAACCUCCCGCCCGUCGAUCCCUCCCACAGACUCUCGUCCUCGCCCGCCCUCGUUCAGGGUCCAGAUCGAACGAGUGACCCCAGUGCUCUGAACAGCUCUGUCGAAAGGUCGACCAAGAAACAGCGCCGUGCUACAAUCACAAAGGAACCGCAGGGACAGACGGCCACUCCGCCUCCUUCAGCUCGAAAGGGAGAGCGGAAGCUCGCACCCAAGCUCCAGACCGACGAGAUGCAACAUGAACAGGCUUACGGUCAGCACGACUUUGGAACACCACACCAGUCAGCCAUGGGCACUUUUGUGACCACGCCGAGCGCCGUCUUUGGCUUCCCCAUGUCCGGGCGGGCCACGGCGCCGGCCUUCACCGAUUCACGGCCGUUUUGGGACCCAGAGUCGGGCAUGUCAGGCAUGGAUGUAGACUUCUCGGGCGGGGCCGAUGUCUUCCAGACACCUACACCGACCCAGCACCGACCGAUGAAUUCGGCCGACUGGGCUCGGACUAAUCAGAUCUUCCAAGAAACGGGAGCCGUCCCGCUCUCCGUCGGACAAGGGAACAUGCAGCAGCCGUCAGAUGGGUUCCCUGCCAUGUCCAAAUCCAUGGCCAUGUCGUUCGAUGGCGUAGACCAAAGCAUGUUUGCCACUAGCUAUCCGACACCGAUCGAUGAUCCCUUCGGGAUCGUGGACCCAACUGGGGGUGUCAACCCGGGCUUGCUGUUCAGCAGGCCCGGUUCCUCCAAUCUGGAAGCAGCGAGCUUCAUGUCCGAGAUUCCCAGCUCCUCAGCGCCCGCCGCCCCCAUGUCCAGAGCCGACCCGGAUCAGAUGGUGUCAAAGGCUCCCAUGAAGACGCAGCUGCGCCGGUCGAUGAGCACUCGAGAGGUCGGGCAGAACCGACCGCGGGAUAUGAGCUCGCUCAGCUCGCCCAUCAAACCCGUUGUGCGGCCGGGUCUCUCCCGUAGCAUGAGCGAAAACCGCGGCAAGCGCCAUCUCAUGAGGUCCUCGGCAACGUUGCCUGUAUUGGCACCGGGCAAUAUGUCUGGAAGCUCCGAGAAUAACAGCGGCCGGCACCUGCACGGCAGCCGAAGGGCCUCUCCCCCAAAGAGCAACAUCCACUCCAGACUGUCGAGCCUGACCUCUAUCCCCGAGACCGCGGGGCCCAAACAGAGGGCGCAAGCCCAGAUUGUGGUCGAUGCCAACGGCAGAGCGAGCAUUGAGCAGAUCUUCGCACCCAGUGGACGAGCGUCUGCCAAGGCAAGCCCCAUGAGGCGGUCGACCUUGAACCCGGUGCACAGGGCGCAUUGGGACUACUCUGACGACGACGGAUCGUCUAGCGACGAUGAACCUAUCAUCAUUCCCAGUGCCAAGAACUCGUUUGUCGAGCCCGACCCCCUCCAGGCCACCUCGCGUGCCGCUGUGUUUGCUCAGCGGAGCUUCAGCGACCGCAGUAAUAAUGCCAGCGCUUCGGGCCUGUACGCCUCGGGGGCGGACUCGUUGUACAACGACCCCGAGAGCGAGGCGGAGACGGUCAUGAACGAACCCCAUAAUCAUAAUGGGUCCGGCGACGCCGCCAGCGAGCUCGAGAAGCUCCGGCACGGCCGCCCGGCCCGGCGGAUGAGCCACCCCAAGAAGCUCAACCUGGGCACGAGCUCCGCGCACAAGCAGCAGCGCUUCCACGCCGGCGGUGGCAACGGCGGGUUUAUUCCCCGCUCGUACUCGGAAAACCACGCCCUCUCGCCCACGACGCUCACCGAGGCGAGCCUCCCCACCCCCUCUUCCGAUCGAGGCCACUGCAUCCGCUGCGUCUGCAACCGACAUGAAGCUCGCCACUCCGGAGACGACUUCAUGGUGCAAUGGUAA